UGCUAGGGGGAAUUGGGGACCCCGUGCACGAGCCAGGCGAGAAAGCCCAGUCAGAGUGAAGCGCGGAAUAUCCGCUCCUCCGCAGCUCCGGACUGUUCGGGUCCCACUUUUCGGGAGGAAUGGAUGGCUGCACUUCACCAUUCGCGACGUACAAGGGCAAAAGCUCCAAUAUCGAGUCGAGGCGGGAAAGCGAUUGCCAUCACCACACUAUCCAACCCCUCAAACUGAAAACACAGUCAAAAUGGUAUGUCACUGCUCAAUCGGCGAAUCCGGGUCAAUUGCUAACUCGUGCACAGGGAGGCGGUCCUAAGGUUCCCUACCCCAAGCACGUCUGGUCGCCGGCCGGUGGUUGGUACGCCCAGCCCGCGAACUGGAAGCGUAACACCGCCGUCAUCGGCGCCGUCAUGGCCGGUGUCGUUGCCGUUAUCUGGAAGAUCAGCGCCGAGAAGGAGGUACGCUACGUGAUGCCUCAGGAGGGCCGGUUCUUCCCCAGCAGAUACUGGUCGAAGCAGUUGAUCGAGUACGACAGAGAACAGGCUGCGAGGAAGGCCAAGGAUACGACGCAGGCGGAGGCGAUUCAGAACUCAUAAACGAACGACUCGGACGGUCGGAAAACUUUUGUACAAUGUAAAUAUGGUACCCCAGGAAUUGAGCGCCGCGCGGUAGCGGCAGUUGCGAACAUUGGAUGGUCCCUCGAUCCUUUACCUCUUCGCUUCUACUAGCAGCACUUUACCUUGCUCUGUGAUGAAUCC